UGAAGAGACAUUUUUUUUUUUCAACGCAGUAAGGAGGACUGAGCAUAAAAGAGGACCGUCUCUACAGGAGGUUCAAAGACAGAAGAAAAAAUCUUAGUCAAAGGAAAAGUUGUUCAAGUUACGGGCCAGAGACACAUUGGAAGGUUAAGAUAGUUGGGAAUAAUUGUAUUAUUAUAUUCCUUUUCUGUGUUGUCGAAGCAAAAUACGAGUAAUUAGUAUAAUGAUGAUGACGAAGCGUAGUUACUGCGAUAACGCGUUGAGGCUCAAUGCCUUUUUCACGACGUGUCGAAUCAUGACGAUUAAAUGGCAGUAGAGAGAUACCCAUUUACAUAUUGCAUAGACUGAUUCACUUUUUUGAUCAAGAAGAGAAGCCAAAGUGGGUUUACCUACUACCAGACGGCUUGAGCGAUGGAUGUAAUAACCAUAGAGACGGUAGAAUCUGGAAUAAGGCCAUUUAAGAGCUCAGCUGGAGCCAGCUCUAGUUAUAUAAAUUCAAACUCCGUAUGUUAUGUCAUAGUGAUCAUAGGCACUCUUGCAUUUCUGGGUGCCAUCACCUUCAUCUGCAGGGAUUACAUAAGGGUUCUGCUUUACUGGAUAGAGCAUCAAAAUACAUGGAUUGUCAUGAUAAUCAUGAUAGCCCUCUUCACCGUUGUCUCGUUUCCCAUAAUCGUCGGCUACUUGUUUCUAGUCAUCGCUAGUGGCUAUUUAUUUGGACUGAUCGAGGGUACAGCUAUGGUAGUGCUCUCUGCUAAUCUUGGCAUUGCUAUUGCUCACUUUAUAUUGAGCAGUCUGUCAUCCAGCUUGCCCAUUGGAGCACUCCUGCAGAGCGACACUGCCAGAGCAAUACUCAGAGUAAUUUCAGGACCACAAACUUUUAAGGUUGUACUUUUUACAAGACUAACACCAAUUCCAUUUGGUCUGCAGAAUACUAUAUUUGCAGUUAGUGGUAUACGUGGAAUCAAAUAUCACAUAGCCAGUGCUAUUGGACUUUUACCUGCACAGCUGAUCAACAUUUACUUGGGCAGCAGUUUGCGUUCAAUGCAAGAUGUCUUGGAGGAUAGAUCUACAGCUGCCACUGGUUAUAUUGUAUUUUGUUUUCAAAUUCUUAUAGCGGCAUCGUUGAUGGUUUAUGUUGUACAGAAGGCAAGGCGAGAGCUCCAGCUGGCUUUGUUAGAAGCUGAUUUGGCAUCUGUUGGAGACUCUGUGCACUGUUUCCUUGACAGCCCGUCAGAGUCUACAAAGAGUUUACUCACCAAUUUGAUAGCCUGAAUCAAUUAUUUCAUCAGUGAUACCAGUAUUUCCGAUUUCCAAAGAUUAUUUUUACCAAAUCUAUGAAAGGUACGUGCAACAAAAACAAUAAUUAAAGAUUGAAAACGCAAGACUCGCGCGACUUGAGUAAUGAAUAAUCUAUUUCAAAAUGAAAGUACUAUAAGUAUAUUUUGAAUACGCAUACUUUGUCGUCUGGUUUAAUUUUUUUUCACAUCAUAAAAACUGGAACUGAAAUGUGCCAAGCUGUUUUAAUUUGAUCGUUUGCAUUUUACUUUACACGUCUGCAUUUAUUGAUAAAUUGCUUUAAUCAUUUUGUAAGUGAUUUGGCUUUCUAAAAUACCUACAGAGAUUUAACUUUUAUCGAAUCGAUCGUAGUAAUUUGCGGUACAUUGUUUAUUGAAGUAAUUGUAUGUAUUAAAUUUUUGAAUCGAUUGUACUGAUUUAUAGUACAUUGUUUUUGAAGUAAUGAUAUAUAUAUACACAUGUACAAAAGUAUAAAUUUUCAAUGUAAAAAUUGUAUAAACAGGUAAUUACGUUUUGAUUGUGACUACUGAUUUUAACGUUAAUUGUAAACUAAAAGACUACCCAUGGGAUUUUAUGCAUGUACAAAUUAGACAAAGCAUUUGUAAAAGAUUGUAAUUUAUAAAUACACGUUUAUAUACUGUACAAGUUUUAACGAAGGAUUCCAUUUGGAAAUACUCAUAGAUAAGAUGUCAUUUUUAACGACCAUUUCAAUGAUGUUAUUUACAAAGUAUGUUUAUGUGUAUACACUUAGUGGUGUUUAUACCUUACUCAUAUAGGUUGUUGGUCUUCCACACGAUUUCAUAUAAAUGCAAUUUUUGUAUCUUUAGUUGAUAUAUACAUGUAUAUCCAAUAGCAAGUUUAUGGGUGAAAUUUUUA